AUGGAUGCAGGAGGCAGGGGCUCUGGGGUUGGAAACCACUCUGGAGGUCUACGCGAGCCUGGGGGCGGUCCGAGAGCUGGUCCCCGGCCUCGUCCUCGGAAAACUACGACUCCCAGAAGCCUCUGGGCCGCAGGCUGGGAAGAAGCCGCAGGAAAGGGGUGGAGUCCAGGCAGAAGUCGUCGGCCGAUUCCACCGUCCAGGGAGGGAGGGAGGGACCAUCUGGGCGGAUGUGGCCGGACCCGCGUUCUGAUUGGUCGUCACGAGAAAGGGCGUCCGCCCUGGGAUUGGUCGGAUCCCUCAGGGGGGCGGAGACGGAGGCCGGGGGCGGCCGCUCGAAUUUCCCGGGCUGGGAGCGCGGGGGCUGCCGGGAAGCUCUCGGGACGGUUACCCGCCCGGCUCGCCCGUCCGCCUGUCCGCCCAGCUCGCAGAGGUCGGGAGCGGGGCUUCGCCAUGCAGAGCACCGACCUGGGCAACAAGGAGCGAGGCAAGAUAUGGCACCGCAAGCCGUCGCCGGCCACUCAGGACGGUUGUGCCGCGCGCCGAGCUGACGGGAGCCCAGAAGGCGACGCACGCCGGUCCCUCCCGAAGCCGGAGGACGCUCGCCCGCGCCGGCGAUGCUCGCCGAGCCCUGCGGGGCUCCGCCGCAGCGAACCGGGGUGCACCGUGCCGUUUGCACCGUGCACCGUGCACCGAGCACCGAGGAGCGCCCGUGUGGCCCCCGGGGCUGUCACCUGGUGACGCCAGCGCGAGCCCCCGCCCCGGGGACGCCGCCGUUUGGGCUCCCGUGGUGCAAGCAUGGUGCACUUUCCGAUUCCCCGAGGUUUGCACGGACUUGAUGGCAUCCUCACUCUGGGUUCAUACUCUCCAGGAGGUUUGUGGCUCUAGAGACUCUCUCUGUUUGUCUUUCAGUUGCCUCCCGGAAAUCAAAGUUAAGUGUCUUCUUCGUAGGGUGAAAGCAGGAUUAGAAGCGGUGGGUCAGCCCCUUACUCACCUGGCCAGCCAGCCACCUCGGUUUCCGGUGGCUGCCCUACCCUGUAUCAAAGCCAUUGACCCACCAACCUAUCGAAUAAAUAAAUAAAUUUUUUAAAAUGUUGUCAAUA